GAUCAGUCUGUCUCUUCCACGCUACAAGCAAAUAAUUCCCCUUCAGCUUUCUUCCGUACUGUUUUCAUAUACCGCUCCCCUAACAAACUUAGUGACGAAACGGCCUCACCUAGUACCAUAGACCCGUCUUGACUAAACCAACACAACGACCCUUACUGAAUACCUGAUAACAGUGUAGAUACAUUCAAUGCCGUCAACACUUUGUACUAAUCGAUAAUUUGCAUCAGCGAAAUUUUCAAUUCGAAUCAGCUGUGCGUGAAUCUGUCCAUCCGCUUUAUUAUCUUAGGGAUAAUUCGCAAUCAAGAUCCAAGAAAUGGGUGUCCACGACGCAAUGAAUUACGUUCUUUUCCACAAUCCUGUGGCCAGCGGCGUUUGGUCAUUUUUAUCUUCGGAAAAAAAAUCCAGAAACCUAGCAUCCGUUCAACAGGCAGCCAGCAAGAGUGCCAGUACCGUGGCCUCGGAAGCAAUGCCACCGAUGUGGAAGCUGCUUGGGUCCAGCCGGUAUGUUUUGAGGCUGGCCGGAAUCAGUGGCGCUGCGGCUGUCAUGCUCGGCGCAUAUGGAGCUCAUCAUCAUUUCAAAGUCGUCGAUGAUAAGGAACGUGAUCCAAAAAGCAUCUUUGAAACAGCAAAUCGUUAUCAUCUUCUUCAUUCGAUUGUUCUUCUCGCGGCACCGUUAGCUAGAAGGCCUCGUCUGACUGCUCUAUUGCUGACUUCUGGAAUGGCUUUAUUUUGUGGCACCUGCUACUAUAUUUCAUUUACCAACGAUCGUCGCGUUAGCAAAUUCACUCCGAUUGGUGGAUUUCUGCUAAUUUUCGGAUGGCUUUCAUUCAUAUUAUAAGAAAUAAAAUAUUUCAUCAUCGUAUAGAGCUCA